CCAAACAUCACGUGAUUUGGGCCUACUGCAAACUGCACAGCACAACAACGUUGCAGUGUUCUUCUCAUAUCGCUUGUUUUUCCUUUCACCUCUGCUCGAUUACAAGCACCUUACCCAUUUUUAUGUCUUUCCUGCACCUCGCGUAAAAGGUAAAGAACAAAGGGGUUGUUGCAGCCAUGGCCCACAGCUGCCCAAGGCGUGGCAGCCCGCGGCGACCCGAGGGCACGUUGCGAGAGAUCCAGGUCAACUUGCUGGAGUGUAAAGUUUGCUUCGAGAAGUUCAACCCUCAGCGGGCCGAUCGCAGGCCGCAGAACCUGUCGUGCGGUCACGUCCUGUGCGUGGAAUGCAUCGGGGCCCUGUCCCACCCUCUCCUGAGGAAGCUGGAGUGCCCCUUCUGUCGACAGCUGUGCCCCGUUGACGCCACCUCCCACUGCCAGGCUCUUUGUGACCUGCAGGAGCUGCUCUUGUUCAGUCACGUGGAGAAACAGGAAGUUGGAGAAGAGGCCUCAGGUGUGAGUGGCAAAGCCUUACGCCUCUGUUUGACUUUUGGUGGCUGGGGGACGCUUAUCAACCCGACUGGGUUGGCGGUGAUGCGAUCCUCGGGGACUGUAUUUGUGGUGCAUGAUGGCGAGAAGAGGGUUGUGGUAUUCACUCCUCAGGGGAAGAAGCGGCACGCUUUCGGGCAAAGAGGAAAAGCCAGCGAGGAGCUUUGUCACCCAGUGGAUGUGGCGGUGACCCCCUGCGGGCACGUGGUGGUGACCGACGCGGGAGAUAAAGGCGUCAAGGUGUUCACGUCCAGGGGAAACCACGUCAUCACGGUCAAGGCCGGCUUCUCCCUGCCGUGGGGGGUGGACACGGACAGCGGCGGGAGCAUCCUGGUGUCGGACGUCCAGGCGGGAACGCUGUCCCGCAUUAGAGUGGACUACAAACAUGGCGUCACGCUGGAGGAGGGGGCGGUGGCUUCACACCUGGAGCAUCCGAAAGCGGUGGCGUGCUGCGGGGCGAACGGUCACACGGCCGUGAUGGAGCAUGUGAGCGAGGACGUGCUACGCCCGGCGAGUUACUCCAGAUUGACGGUGUUCACUCCGGACUUCCACGUCCUCUAUCAGACGGACACGUUAAGUCUGAGCCUGAAGGCCUCGGUCAAGAUGAACAUGUCCGCUGUGACAUUUGACACAAACGGACACUUGCUUGUGGUUGACUCCCUUCAGGGGAUGGUUUGGACUUUUGGGAAUGUACAAAGCGUUCCCGUCCUCACUCCUCUUGUGGCGGAGCACCUUAAUCGACCUGUUGGACUGGUGCCACUUAACAACACUCUCAUCGUUGUGGACGGUGGAGACCACACAGUCAAGAUGUAUUCUUGAGAAGACGGCUGCGUAGUUAAAUUGCAAUCUUAGGUUAGUCUUCUAAAAAUAGAUUAAUCGUAGGAUAGAUAGCUAGAAUAUAAAGCUAGAUAGUAGGAUAGCUAGCUAGCUAGAUAUGCCAGCGCAUUGUAGCAGCCUGACUAACCGACAUGCGUAUGUGGUGGCCAUUUUUGGGGAAGUAAAAAUUCUCAUCAAAGCUAAUGCUGGGACAAUGUGCCCGCAUCCUUGAUCUUUUGGCUUUCUUGCCUUGCACGGAAUGCGCUGACAACUCCGCCCCUACUAGCUUAGUGUCGCUGUAGGCGUAGCUACCUCUUCAUAUCUAAGGUUAGCUGGCCGGAUGGAUGGAUAGAUAAUCCACCUCCUACUAUCACCACUAUCAUGUUGCAAUUGUAGAAACUAUCAAUUCAAAACUAUACAAAAUUCACUAUACAACAGCAUGCAAUUGUGCCAUACAGAACAGCCGGAGCAGUUUAAAAUCAAUAGUUAUCUAAUCUUCUUCUUUUCCUUUGGGCUCCAUCUAUCUAGCACACUUCUGGCACCAGUCAACAUAUUUCCAUGUCUAUCCUUAAUCACCCUAACCUGCUGCACACCCUUCCCAUCUCUAUCCCUCUGUCUGGCCAACCUGUAUAGAUCCUUUUCUCCUUCUUUAGUGUCCAACCUGGCAUACAUGUCAUCAUAUGCCUCUUGUUUGGCCUUUGCCACCUCUACCUUUGCCCUGUGUCGCAUCUCAGUGUAUUCCUUUUGCCUCGCCUCGGUCCUGUCAGUGUCCCACUUCUUCUUAGCUAACCUUUUUCCUUGUAUGAUUUGCUGUACUGUGAGGUUUCCCCACCAAGUCUCCUUCUCUCCUUUCCCGCCAGAAGAUACACCAAGUACUCUCCUGCCUGCCUGACAAAAAAAAAAUAAAUGCUGAUUAUUAAAUGUAUUGAUUUGUGAGGAGACUAUCGAUUUGUUUUCCCAGUUGAAGUUGGCUGUAACAGGUUUUGCUGGAUGGAAAAUUAUUAUUAUUAUUAUUAUUAUAUUAUUAUUAUUUUUUAUUUUAUUAUAUUAUUAUUAUUUUUUAUUUUUAACAAUUAAUAUGAUGUUUAAUGUUGAAG